UCUGGAGCGCCCCGUUUUAUACGUGCGCAUGCACAGUCAGAGGGCUUCCUGGUGCUAGUUUCCUAUGAGCGACUUCGAGCUGGAUUGGCGAGUCUGAAACAGUUCCUAGCUAGCGCCGGUGCAUCGAGCAACGAGGGAGCUGCCGCUUUGCGGGGAUCUUAGUCUGUCACCAGAAAGAGCUGCGUAACGACGUUUUAUCAGAUUGUCUCUCAGGCUGUGCUUCGCUCUCUGCACUCGUCGCUCUUGCUUUCGUAAUCCGUUUCAGGAGCUAGCUCUUAAAGCUGAAGAAGGGGAAGGUCGAAAGGGGGCUCUCUCGAAGGAAGACUGUUUGGUGAAACGUUGGAAGCGACACCAACUUCACCCACUUCUUGAACAAACCUUUGUGAAACUAAGCUAGUUUCCCGAUUCCUGCUGCACACCCGACGCCGAGUGACGUCAUCAUGCAUUCUGCACGCAGCCUCUGGGAGGCGACCAGGCGCCAGCCCCUUGUGCCAGUUUUCGUGGGGUCUAUCGCGGUCCUGGUCGCCGCGUUUACUCUCCCCCCCAGAUUGACCGGGGGAGAAGCACCGGGACCGUACGCCCCUUCCCCCGACAAGGCCGUCCGCACUGGGGGGAUCAUCGGCAACCGCCCGGUGAAAAGCACCGGGUCGGCAUCAGGGACGGAGCCGGAGACCGGGCCUGAGAUUGGAGAUACGAAGAAGGAUGCUCGGGGCAAGGUGUGAUGGAGGGAACGCGUGCAAGGUGAUCAGGAGGGGUCGCCGGACUACAGUGGAGCUUUUCUAUACUUGAGCAUGUAUUGAUUACCACAAGUUUGGAAAAGACGGCUCGCCAGCCCUUAAGUUGCAGGCAUCGCGGUAGCUUGGUCUUUAGGCACUGCAUCUCAAAUAUUGAUCAAGAGGAGAAGUCUAAGCAGCGCUCUGCAACGGGUUCCAGGUGGUGAUGCAUAGCUAAACAGAGCCGUACGUGAGCAUAGACAAACGGGUUUGAACGGGGCCCCA